AUGUUGACUAAGCAUUAUGCCUUGGCUGCCAAAUUGGAGAGCCCUGAGUGUAAUGCUGACGCUGAAGUGGUGGCCAGUUCACCCAUUGAUGUUAUCAAAGAGGGCAUGCAGAAGACUCUCGUCAGGUACUGUGCUGUUGUGAACCCUGCUGAGGAGGAUAAUGGUGACAAG